GGGAUGUGGAUAAAACGUGGAGAACACCCGCCAAUCAGAAUGCACCAAAACAAAACACCAAAUCCCAAUCCUGAAUUCCCAAUACUCAGCCAGCCUCCAAUUUGGAGGAGAAGAGAGCAGGUCAAUUAUUCCACCACACGCUCCUUCCUGACCAAAGCCCUUUCCAACUACGAAGACAAAAACGAGCUCAAUUACCCAACACACAGCGACCAACCCCAAGACCGGCUCUCCGCCUUCCUCCUCCUCCUUCUUCCCGGAAGCCGGCGCUCCGUUGAAGAGUCAGAAUUCAGCUUACUCAGAUAUCUAGGGUUUCAGAUUCCGAUUCGGAGCCCGAGCGCCCUUACUCAUACCAUAUUAGUUUCAUUUUAAUCGUCUCUGAUUCUCUUUUUCUCCCCUUCAAAUUUUUCUCCCUUCUGCCGGCUCAAAAUGGCUGUUUCGAGCGGUCUCGCCACUACUCUUGCUGCAGCCAAGAUGGAGGCUUUCUCCCUGAAUUCUUCAUUGCCGCCGGCGUCCUCAUCUGGGUCGGUGUCCCUCAGGGCUUAUCUGGCUCCGGCGCAGCUCCGGCCGUUCCCAAACCCCGCUCGGAAUAACUUGAGGAGGAGGGUAAUGCUGAAAGGAGGUCUUAGAUGUGAGGUCACUGCGCCUUCUUCCUCAGGGGAUGCUGUGGUUGAGACUGCCGAGAGUAAUAUUGACCUCGACAAGGUUUCUAGCCUCUCUGCCCUUGAGCAGCUCAAGGCAUCCGCCGCUGACAGAUACACAAAGGAAAGGGCGAGCAUCGUGGCUAUAGGACUCAGUAUCCACACUGCACCAGUCGAGAUGCGUGAAAAGCUUGCCAUCCCAGAAGCCGAAUGGCCACGAGCCAUUGCUGAACUCUGCAACUUGAACCAUAUCGAAGAGGCUGCUGUUCUCAGCACUUGCAACAGAAUGGAGAUAUAUGUCGUUGCACUUUCACAGCAUCGUGGGGUCAAAGAAGUCACCGAGUGGAUGUCCAAGACAUCUGGUAUCCCGGUUGCAGAAAUCUGCGAGCACAGAUUCUUGCUCUACAACAAUGAUGCUACGAGGCACUUGUUCGAAGUAUCUUCUGGUCUCGAUUCACUCGUUCUUGGAGAGGGUCAAAUCCUCGCUCAAGUCAAGCAAGUGGUAAAAGUCGGCCAAGGUGUUGUUGGGUUUGGAAGAAACAUCAGCGGGCUAUUCAAGCACGCAAUAUCGGUUGGUAAACGUGUGAGAACUGAGACGAGCAUUGCAGCUGGGGCGGUCUCCGUCAGCUCGGCUGCUGUCGAACUAGCUCUGAUGAAACUGCCUGAAUCGGCGCAUGCAACUGCUCGCAUGCUAGUUGUUGGGGCAGGGAAAAUGGGGAAGCUGGUAAUCAAGCACCUGGUGGCAAAGGGUUGCACAAAGAUGGUGGUCGUGAACAGAAGUGAAGAAAGAGUUGCAGCCAUUAGAGAAGAGCAUAAGGAUGAUGUGGAGAUUAUCUACAGGCCACUCACAGAUAUGCUCCCCUGUGCUGCUGAAGCGGAUGUGAUCUUCACUAGUACAGCAUCUGAUGUCCCGCUUUUCCUGAAAGAAGACGUGAAGGAUUUAGAGGGGUCAAGAUUCUUUGUUGAUAUCUCGGUUCCAAGGAACGUGGGAUCGUGUGUUAAUGAUUUGGAAAAUGUUCGUGUGUUCAAUGUUGACGACUUGAAGGAAGUCGUGGCUGCUAACAAGGAGGACCGGUUGAGGAAGGCAAUGGAAGCUCAGGAGAUCAUAACUGAGGAGACAAAGCAGUUUGAAGCUUGGAGGGAUUCCCUGGAGACUGUCCCUACUAUAAAGAAGCUGAGGGCGUAUGCAGAGAGGAUUAGAUUGGCUGAGCUGGAAAAAUGCCUGGCUAAGAUGGGGGAUGAUAUUCCCAAGAAGACAAGGAGAGCCGUGGAUGAUCUCAGCAGGGGGAUUGUGAACAAGCUGUUGCAUGGCCCGAUGCAGCAUUUGAGAUGUGAUGGUAGCGAUAGUCGGACUUUGAGUGAGACGCUCGAGAACAUGCAUGCUCUUAACAGGAUGUUCAGUUUGGAAACGGAAGUCGCCAUCUUGGAACAGAAGAUUCGAGCCAAAACCAGUCAGAAGUGAAGCCUUCCCUGGAAAUCCGAGAUAUUUUUAAGUGCCAGUUCUUCUGGGAAUUGAAUAACACGAAUGUGAGAUCCUUACUUGAUUCAUUUGAAAUGUGGAGACAAAUUUUACCUUCCCCUAACCUAUAUGUAAGUAAAAUUGGGAUGUUAAUAUGUGUGAUGAGGAGCCUUCAUGUUGGGAAAUUUUUCAAAUGUUUGGAGCUUGGGGGAACAAGGAGUUUGUAGCUUGAAUGAUCUUGUUUGAAUCUGAUCUCCACAUCCAUGGCUGUGUACUACUUGUAUUAAGUUUACUACUCAUGUUUUAUUUUUUUCCAUAUAGAGAGUCCCUUCAUUCUUCUCUGUUGAUUAUGAUUAUUGUGGGUGAUGAACAAGAAUGUCUCUGCCACACCAAAGGGUGGAACUAUGGAUGGUCAUCUUGAACGGUGUUUAACCAAUAUAUUUUUGGUAGUUGUUUGCUUAAGCUAAGAGGAUGGCCAUGUCAACUCUGCAGUCUGCUUUUAUACAGUAAGAGAAAAUAGUUAUCUGGCGUCUGCUUUUAUACAGUAAGAGAAAAUAGUUAUGGUGCCUUCGUUAUUGGUGUUCCGUUGUGGACUUGGUAGUUAGGAGACCGUUUUCAGAAGAGCUGGGAAUGUAAUUUGUAGGAUCUGUUUGGUAUUUUCGUUUUGUUGUUUUCAGUUGUAAUAUGUCAUAUGAUUUAACCAAAUGUCAC